UAGUAAUUAAUAGUCAUUUUAAAAAUUUUAAAAUAUAAGAAAAAUCUAAAUUUUUAUUAUAUAUUUAAUGUGAUUUCUUAAUUUUUUUUAAUAAUAUAAAAUUAAAAAAAAAGAGCGGAUACAAAAACUAUUAUCAAAUAUAUAUUAUUCGUAAUCAUUGAUUGUCAUAUAUAUGUUAAUCGUAUUAGACUUCAUAUCACACAAAUCUUAAAAUUACAUUUUUUCCAAUUCUAUAAAUUUAUUUAACAAUCCCAAAGUCACAUUUUCUCGUCAAGAUAAAAUUAUGUUUUGUGCCAAUAUCGUCAAAAUAGAUAUAUUCCAGAUAAAACCACAAAAUUGUAUUAUAUAUAAAAUAACAUAAUUAUAUUUUAUCACAAUUAAAUUUUCAGUCAAAACCAUUAAAUCAUAUUUUCACUAAAAUAGUACACAUUUUUCGUCAAAAUUAAAUAAUUUUGUUUUCCAUGUUUUGAUAAACAACGCAAGUCUAAAUGCACAUUUUUGUUUUAUUUGAUAACUUAUAUCAUGAUCUGUACGACAAAGCAGAUUUUAUUUUAGAUUAGAAAACUUAUAAAUUAAUUUAAUGGUGUUUAGUGUUAAGACAGUAGUUGUAUACUAUUUAUUUUUGAGUAUAAGUAUAUAUCAUACUAACUACAAUUUAAAUAAAUUCUCUUAUGCUCUCGAUAUCUAAUCUAUUAAAAGAGAAGUACCAAUUGAGACUAACCCUUAAACUUGCACAAUAUUUACAGUUUAAUGCCAUUGAAAUAAUUAAAUAAACCUACUUUUAAGUAAUCUUUGUCUUUUCCAAAAUUAAUGAAGUAAUAAUUACUCUUAAUUUUAUGCUUUUCAUGUCUUUUAAAAAAUUAAUAAAACAUUUCCUAAAUUAAAUUCACAAUCAAUUAAAUAUAAAUCUUUUAACUUAUCUAUAUCAUAUUAAUAUUAUAAACAUUCAUGAAUAUGAAUAAUAUACACAAUAUAUUUAUGUAACAACAUAAAUUACAUUUUUGUCUUAUUUUCUCCCACAAUUUACGUUACUCUUCUUUUUUGAACAAAUUCUUCUUCUUACCAAUAUAAAUAUAUUACAUGCACCAUUACAAUUAUUUACAAACUUACCAUGUAUAUAAAAUAAUUUAUUAGACAUUCUCAUUAAAUUUUGAUCCACAAAAAAACAAAAUACAACAUUUGAAUUGAUGCAAGGAUCAUAUUCUAAAAAUGGUGGUAAUACAAUUGACGGUUUACAAGAUAAAAUAAAAUUUAAAAAUAUAAACUAUAAAAUUAUUAUGCUUAUAAAUUUUAUUAAAUAAUUAUUUAACACAGGUAAAAUUUUAAAAUACAUAUUAUCACUUAGACAAAAUAAAUAUUUAUUUACAAAAAUAAAAGCAAACAUCUACAAGGUCGUGGUUUAAAUGUACACAAAUUUAAACUCAUUUAUAAUUUCUUAUCGUUACAUCAAAUUUUAUUUUAUUUUUAAUCUUAAUUUGUAUAUGUUCCAAAUUUCAUAGAAGUUUAACAAUCAUUUUAUUUUUUUACAAAUAUUAUAACUAAUGUUUCAUUUAUAAAUAGCAUACUAAUUCAUAAUUGUCUAUUUUUAUACUUUUCAUUUAAAAAUUGUGUUAGCUAUAUAUCUUAGACAUGGAUAUUAUUAUAUAAAUGUUAGAUUUUUUAUAUAAUACCUAAUAUCGGUGAUACAUUUUACGCUAAAAUAUAAAAUUAAGUACAAAUAUAACAUUUACAUUUAAAAAUAUGACUACAUUAACAAAUAUAUCAUUAAAUACAAACACAAAUUAAAUAUUCGCGCGGUCGCGCGGGUCAAGGUCUAGUUUCCAUUAUAACAUAAAGUUAAUAUUUUUAAUUGAUAAAAAUGUAUGUAAAUUUUAUUCAAUUAGCUAUAUAAUAUUAUAUAGCUUUAUUUUUGUAUAUAUAUUUUUAAUGAAAUCAUUCAGAUUUGUUUGAAAAGAAUUGAGCCAACAAAAAAAGAUAUGGAUAUAAGUAGAGAUUUGCCCCAAUGGAUUUUGUUAAUUAUCCAUUUCUAAAUUGAAGCUCAUCAUCUUACAGUUUUUCACGAGGAACAACAAAUAAACGUUUGUGUAAUCUUUUGUUUUUGUUUAUGUCGGGUCCGAGCAGAUUAUAUGUUGUUACAAUUAUAUAAGCUAUUUUUAUAGACUUUUAAAGCGCUAGAAUAUUUUUUAACAAAUGUUUUAACAUUUUUAUUUUAGUGUAUUUGAAUUUUGAGGUUAUUAGAUAUAAAAUCAUAUAACAUUAUUGAAUUCAUUUUUUGUUAUUUAAAUUUUCGUUUUGAAUUUUAAUAAAUCUCCGUAACUUAUUUUAUUAAUUCUAUGAUAUAUUUUGAUAAAUUUAUUUGAUGUCAAUUUAUUGCAAUUUUUUUACGUACAAUAUUUAAUUUAAUAUGCAAGUUUAUUUAAAUUUAAAUGAUGGUAAGUUUUAUUUAUGAAAAUAUAAAUACAAUAAUCAAUAAAUUUAAUUUAUUCGAUAUUGAUUGAAAUCAUUUUGUAUUAUUUAAACCUGCAAAAAAAGUUAUAUUUAUUUUGAUUUUUCAUUAAUUAUUUCAACGCUUUAGUGAGUUAAAAUGUUUUAUAUUGUUUGGACACAAGAUUAAUUAUUAUGUUGUUUGGAAACAUAGAUAAUAGUGUAAUAUUAUUUCCAUAAUUACUUUAUAAUGAAAUGGUAUAUUUAAUUUAAAAUGCUACAAGAAAAAGGUUGGGUCUAAGAAAAUAUUUCAUUUUUAAUAAGAGUGAUAUAUACUCAUUUAUGUAAAUGUAACCAAUUCCAUAUACGACUGGUCUUUCGUUUGAAUCAUAAUCCUAUGGCCAUUACAUAAUCUGGCUCUAAUACCAUAUUAGUGAUGAGCCUAAAUCAUACUCAAAAGCUAACUUAAUAGUGGAUGAUUGCUCAUACACUUAUAUAUUACCCAAAGACUGUUUGACUAAACGAUGUGCGACAUUUAAUAAGCCUUAUCAGAAUACCACAGCAAUAUAGACCACCACAUAGACAUGAAACUGUUUUUGUGGAAAAUCAUAUGUUAGGCUAAGUCAUGAACUCCGAUAAAAGUUAGAUGGAUUUCUGACCUAAAACUAAUUGGUAGUAAAUACACUAGUUCUAGUCCAUUAUAUAUUACUCAAGUAUUUUACAUAUUUUCAAUAUGGAUCUUAUCUCCAACGUCAAUACCAUAAGAUAUCUCAGCUCCUACGGUAUUAGUGAUGAACCUAUAUAAGAUUAGAUUAAUGUUAUCCAAUGAUUACUUAUAUAAGAAAUCUUAAAGCUAAGAGAGGUGUUAUUCAAUAUAUACAACUUUUACUACAAGUGGACAUUUAGAAUUAGUGUUUAAGCUCCAAACGUUAUACUAUUCCUGUUAUAAUUAAUAAAAUAAUAUUCUGAUGAUAGUUUACCCGUAUAUAAUAUAAAGCCAACUAUCAGAUGACAUCUUAUAAAACAGUUUCUCAUAGAAGAGAUUGAAUCUCUCGUGCGGGAGACCUCUUCUUCAGUGCUAUAUCUUUCCUAUUCCUUCUUACUUUUUCAUUUGUUUUGAUAUUUUUAUUAAGAGAAUCUUGCUUAGAACUUUCCAAGUUACGUUUGUUAUUAUUAUUUUCUUGACCUCCUCAUGUUCGUUUUUUUUCUUCUGAUAAUUUGAAUUCACUGUAUCGUUCAUACGAUUUAAGUAAUGUUUUACUGAGUCUGGACCACUGUUGAAGUCUGUCAUUGGCUACAGUUUGAAAGGCCAACAACGUACUGCUCACUGCUUUGAUUCGUCUAUUUAUACCUCAUAGAUUUAUUCUGAAUCUGUAUCUCAAAGGUCUCAGUGAACUUUUUCUUUGUUUUGUGGGCUUGACUCGAGAUUUGAUCCUUUUCUUAUUUAUUUUUUCCCCCGAAUUUUCGGUGCAUCAUUCGGUUUAUACCGAGACCAAUGUCAAUGGAAGGGUCAAGUAACGCUUCUUUGAGGGUAGUGUUGUUACAUGGUAACUUAGACAUUUGGGUGAAGGAAGCUAAAAAUCUUCCUAACAUGGAUCGUUUCCGGAGGUACAAGAAGAACAGUACAAGUGAUCCUUACGUGACUGUCUCUAUCGCAGAUGCAAAGAUUGGCACAACUUUUGUGAUCGACAACGAUGAGAAUCCUGUGUGGAUGCAGCAUUUCUAUGUACCGGUGGCCCACCAUGCUACGGUGGUUAAGUUUGUGGUGAAAGACAAUGACCGUUUUGGAUCAAGGUCCAUAGGAGAUGUUAGAAUCCCAACCGAAGAGUUGUGUUCAGGGAAUAGGAUGGAAGGGUUGUUUCCGAUACUGAACACUAGUGGGAAGCCAUGUAAAAAGGGUGCUGUGCUGAGUUUGGCUAUUCAAUACACUCCAGUGGAAAUGAUGAAAAUUUACCAAAUGGGUGUUGGUAAUGAGUGCGAAGGAGUUCCCGGUACGUACUUCCCUUUGAGGAAAGGCGGUAGAGUUACUUUGUAUCAAGAUGCUCAUGUUGAAGACGGGACACUUCCGAGAGUGGAUCUCGAUGGUGGAAUGCAGUAUAUACAUGGAAAGUGCUGGGAGGAUAUGGCUGAUGCGAUUAGACAGGCAAAGAACUUGAUUUAUAUCACAGGAUGGUCAGUUUACCAUCCGGUUAGGCUGGUUCGUCGCAAUAAUGAUCCGACUGAUGGUGUAUUAGGGGAUUUGCUUAAAGAAAAAUCUCAAGAAGGUGUUAGAGUGUUGCUAUUGGUGUGGGAUGAUCCAUUUUCAAGUAGCUUUAUGGGGCACAGAACACGCGGAAUAAUGAAGACAAGCGAUGAGGAGAUUCGCCAUUUUUUCAAGAACUCGUCCGUGCAAGUUAUUAUUUGUCCUAGAUCUGGUGGGAAAGGUCACCACAGCUUCGUUAAAAAAACUGAAGUUGGAACUAUCUACACACAUCAUCAAAAAACUUUGAUUGUAGAUGCUGAGGCAGCUCAGGGCCGAAGAAAGAUCAUAGCGUUUGUUGGAGGGCUAGACAUGUGCAAAGGACGUUUUGAUACUCCUAACCAUCCUCUCUUUAGGACAUUGAAGACGCUCCAUAAAGAUGACUUCCAUAACCCAAACUUUGCGACAUCUGUGGAUGAUGGACCAAGACAACCGUGGCAUGAUCUGCACAGCAAGAUUGAUGGUCCAGCAGCGUAUGACGUGCUUGCUAAUUUUGGACAACGUUGGCUAAAGGCUUCAGAGAAAAGGCACAGGAUUUCGAUACACAGAUCGUCUUCUGAGGAUGCUUUGCUUAAGAUUGACAGAAUUUCAAAUAUCAUGGGACUAUCAGAAGCCUCUUCUGUUAGUGAUAAUGAUCCAGAGUCUUGGCAUGUCCAGGUUUUUCGUUCCCUUGAUUCAACCUCCGUCAAAGAGUUUCCAAAGAACUCAAAGGAAGCUAGUGGAGAAAAUCUUUUAUGUGGGAAGAAUAUACUCGUAGACAUGAGCAUACACACGGCUUAUGUUAAGGCCAUAAGAUCUGCUCAGCAUUUCAUCUACAUCGAGAACCAAUAUUUUUUGGGAUCAUCAUUCAACUGGGAUUCACAUAACGACGUUGGUGCUAAUAAUCUGAUCCCUAUGGAAAUCGCACUUAAGAUUGCUAGUAAGAUUAGAGCUAGGGAGAAGUUUGCUGCUUAUAUUGUCAUUCCAAUGUGGCCAGAAGGUGAUCCAACGAGUAAGGGUAUGCAGAGCAUUUUAUACUGGCAGUAUAAUACCAUGCAAAUGAUGUAUCAAACUAUCUACAAGGCACUUGUGGAAGCUGAACUUGAUGGUCAGUAUGAGCCACAAGACUAUUUGAACUUCUUCUGUCUUGGAACCAGAGAGGUUGCUGAUGGAAACGUUAACAACAACGCAAAGGAAAAUCCCACACAGGUGCAAGCUUUGAAGAGUGGAAGAUUCAUGAUAUAUGUGCAUUCCAAAGGUAUGGUAGUGGACGAUGAGUUUGUCUUAAUUGGUUCAGCGAAUAUCAACCAGAGAUCCUUGGAAGGAACUAGAGACACUGAAAUCGCCAUGGGAGGGUAUCAACCACAGCAUUCGUGGGCUAAGAAAGGUUCUCGUCCUUGUGGUCAGGUAAUAAAAUUUCGGCUUCACAGGCUUAGAACUUUAGUAGCCACCACAAUAUAUUAUGAAAUCUCGAGAAUUAUGAGAUCUAGAUUAUAUUUUCUUGUAGUUAUUAGGAAAGCUAGAAUUCACGUAACACAGUCCCCAAAAUACAAAUCUUUCUUCCCAGGUUAUGUGUCUUCUAAAACAUGGUUGCGUAAUUCCCUAUUUCUUGCAGAUCUUUGGAUACAGAAUGUCUUUGUGGGCGGAGCAUCUAGGGUUUCUAGAGAAAAGUUUCGAAGAGCCAGAGAACAUGGAAUGCGUGAGACGAGUUAGGCAUUUGAGUGAGCUUAACUGGAGACAGUAUGCAGCAAAGGAAGUCACAGAGAUGACAAGUCAUCUUCUUAAGUAUCCAGUUCAAGUCGAUAGGACAGGUCAAGUGACUUCUCUUCCUGGAUGCGAGACAUUCCCAGAUCUCGGUGGGAAGAUUAUAGGCACGUUUCAUAGGAUCAAAGAAAACCUCACCAUAUGAAACUUAUUUGGUUUGAUUCGAUUCAUAUGCAAUAUCUGCACAUGAACGUAUCAAUGCCAAUCUGAAACAUUUCUUGCCAUUUAGUGGUGAUAAUAAGAACAAAUCCUCUCUAACCCAGAGGAAUCUGAAUAUUCGCAUUUUAUGUCGUUCCUGGCUUUUACUUCUAUGCUUUUGUGGGUUUUUUUUUUUACUUUUUCCGUUUUGUUUUGUGUAACCGAAAAUGAAACAUUAAGAAAAUAAUUUUAUGUAAUAAUGUAUUAUUUUGCUUGUAGUUUAAUAUUUAAUGUUGUAUUUGUAUUUAUAAUUUAUAAUUUUAAUGUAAGAUUUUAUUAAUUAAUAUUAUUAUAAUAUUUUUAUAUAUGUGCUAGUUAUUUAUAAAAAAAAUAUAGAUUUAUAUUAAUUAUGAAAAAUAUAAGGACUAUAGUGUAAAUUACAAAUAAUUUUAAAGUUAAAUUUAAAAUUUUGAUUUUGGAGAAAAACACCUUGAAACUUCAAAUAUUGUAUUUUGCAAACUCUAUAAUAGAUAGUCCUUUAGAGAUGCUCUUAUACCAGUACACAUCAAACCAUAAAUUUCAAAAUGAAUUUAUGAUGAGCAGCUCCAGUGACCGGGGAGCGAACUUCUCCUUAGACAUUGGGCGAGUUGGUUUGCUUGCUGCUUAAUUGUUGUCGGAUGUAGGAAUCAAAUCCUGUUGGAUGCAACAUUUUUGCCUUAAUUUUGACUUAUGUUAAGUCGUAAAUAACUGCCACAUCAUCAAUACAUGAAUGCUUUAUAAUACGGUUUGACUGGAAUUUUGAAUUCGUGGAUUAAAUUGCAAAAAAAAGAAUUACUAUAUUGAAUUUUUUUUUCAAAAAACAUUUAAACGAAUUUAACCGAAACGGAGUCUAUAAAGGUGAACCUAAAACCCAAAAAACAAAUCUUACAUAAAUUAGGGUUAAUUUGUGAACUAGCCAUAUAUUGCAUGUAAAUUAAGUAACUAGCUUUGAUUUUGACAUAAUCUAAUAUCUAACAUUUAUACCAUAAACUACCCGGUUUUAUCCUUUAUUUUUGCAGGUACCAGGUAAAAAGGUGGAAAAGAAUAACGUGGCCAGUAGAAAAAAGAGUGAGCCACGUAUAUUUUUAUUGACCACAUACAUAUCCACGGAGUUCUAUUCUAGAUAAAAUAGUAUAAAAUUAUAACUUUAUCUACAACCCUUAAAUAAAAACAUAUCUCAAAUCCAAUCCUUAGAAAACUUAUUUCAAUCCCACCCAACCUCUAUACUAAACUCUAAACUCUAAUUAGUAAAUCCUAAACCCAAAUCUAAACCAUAAAACCAAAUAUAAACCAUAACUCCAAAUAUAAGCACAAAAUCUAAAUAGAAUUGAACAAAAAAAUAACAUAGUACAUAUUUGUAAAAUUAUAAAAUUACAUGGAAGAAGUUAUUACUGGCCUCAACCAUACUCCUUCACCUUCUAAAUACUAAACUUUAAACUCUAAUCAUUCAACCCUUACCCAAAUAUAAAUCCUAAACCCCUAAAUACUAACCCAAUCCUAAUCACACCUCAACCCCUAAAUCCUAAACCCUAAACUCUAAUCACUAAACUUAACCCAAAUAUGAACCCUAAACCCAAAUAUCAAAAUUUAAACCUUAACCAAUGUUAACCCCAAAAUUUCAUAAACUAAACAUAAAUUUUAAAAAGCCAGUAAGAUGCAUUACCAUUCUACAUGAGGCAUAUAGAAUAGAAAUGGUAAAAAUGUAGUUACAAUCUAAAGAUCAUCUUAACAUAUUUUUCAAAUGCUGAUAUGGUCAUGCCUUCAUGAAAGGUGAUAAUGCUUGUCCCAAUGCCAACUCCAAUCGUACAUAAACUAAACCCUAGCAACUAUCACUAAACCCUACAUAAAAAUGUAAACCCUAAUCUAAUGUCAACUCCAAUCUUCCAUAAACUAAACCCUAACCACUAAUCACUAAACCUUAUAUGGAAAUAUAAACCCUAAUCCAAUGUCAACCCCAAUCUUUCAUAAACUAAACCCGCAAGUAACAUGUAUGUCCAUUCUACAUGAGCCUAUAGAAUAAAAAAUGUGAGAAACAAUAUAGCACAAUACAUAUAUAUUGUUCAAAUUUUGAAGUGUCUAUGAUUGUAGGGAUAUAGGUAAUGCUUAAACCAAAUUCAGAUUGUAGUGGCGAAAGAAACGAAGACUAACGGCAUUAGAGAAAAGAGGUGGAAGAGAUAACAUCAUAUAUGUAUCAUUCCCAUUCAACGUCACAUUGUAUUCUGUUUUUUUUUGAUGUCAUAAUAAAUUUUAUUCCAUUUACGUUCAAUAUAUUAUUUCUCUUUAAAAAAUCAUAUACAGACUAAUAUAAACCAUAUAUAAACACCAAUACAAAAUUCAUAUCAAUAGAACAUGAAACAACAACAAACAAGAUUGAACCCUCUCUUUAAAGCAUCAAAUGAAAUAUAACUUACUAUAUAGUACAUUAUAUAUUAAUAAACAUGGCAAAUAAGAGAAGAGUCAAAUUUGAAAGAAAAACAAUAUGUUCCAUUUCAUAAAAUAGUAUAAAAGUACUAUUACCUUUCCAAUUCAUCUAUGACAAACCUGAAAAACAAAAUGAAAAUGAAGACACACAUUAGUCUACAAGUUGGAAGGAAAUGAAAGCAUAUGAGAUAUGCUACUAGUAUAUGAAUUACUUUAUGCUUAAGUUAAAUGUUUAGUUAUGUUAAUUCCAAAUAGCCUAUGCGAGUAAAAAAGUAACAUGUGCAAUUAGAAUUGAACCACAUGAUAUAAUAUAUAAUUUAUAGAUAUGGAGUGGAACAUAUGGUCUGAUGGAAUGGAAAGCGAAUAGUAUAUUAGUUAUGAUAUGAUUUUUCAGAAAUAGCAGAGGAAUGAAAUGGCACAUAACCAGUCUCUAAAACUAAAAUUUUCCAUUUCAAAUAGCACAUGUUCCAUAAGAUAUUCCAUUUCACACAUAACUAAACUUGUUUUAUCGCAAAAGGGACUUUUCAUUCCAAAAUCACAAUCCCCCCUUUGCAGUGAAAAAAUUUCAACCCUAAAUCAAUUUGUUUACCCCAGCUUACCAGAUCAUGGAUGCAACAGAAACAAUAAGUUAGAUUUAUCAACUUAGAAUACAUUAGGUCUGAAUCUAUUUCAAAUAGGAGAGCUGACAUAGAAAUAAUAGAAUCUAUGGCACAAAACAGAGAACUUACAAUAUUGCAACAGAACUCACCGUAAUCGCCGAUAUAAAGGAGAUCUGAGAAGAAUCAACUUGGUGAAGUUGGAGAGGAAGGGUCUGUUACUAACCACUGCUACAACUUUAAUACCGUUCGAUGUCGGAUGAUGGCACAAAUGGAGAAAGUAAAAGCAGACGGAGGCGACGUUGUGGAGAGAAAUAUGUGAAGUCGAGUAAGGCACGAUUUAUUUUUGUGUGAUUAAUAAUUAAUAUUUUUAAUUGUUUUUGUUUGCAGGUUUUGCCGGUAAGAUAAAAGGACAAAAUGGUAAUAUUAUAUAAAAGCCACACCAUGUAUAGAUGUAUUAGGGAAAAUGGUCAUGUAGCUAAUUAGUGUUUUUUUCAUAGCUAUACAGCCCAAUUCCCCCAUAAAUUAUGUAUAUCAAUUUUGAGGAUUUUUCUUACAAAUUAAUAUUAACCAAAUAAAUAUUAAACAAAAUAUUUAACUUUACAAUAAUAAAAAUCAUCAAAAACAACAAACCUGAUUACAUAAAACUAUAUUAAAAAUCUAAAAUAAAUAA